UGUGUCCUCUCCCUCACACACACCAUCAAAACACAAACAAGGCAAGGUCCUAGCUAGUAUACAAGGAUCGAUGGCCACUCUCUCCUUGAAGGCCGUUGCGCUUGUCGCACUCUUCUCCGUGCUUGUCACGUACGGCGCUCGCGCCCAGCAGCCGGACUACAACACCUCCGCCACCAGCUACUACUCCGACUGGGUCCCGGCCAAGGCCACCUGGUACGGCGCGCCCAACGGCGCCGGCCCCGACGACAACGGUGGUGCGUGUGGGUUCAAGCACACCAACCAGUACCCGUUCUCGUCCAUGACGUCCUGCGGCAACGAGCCCAUCUUCAAGGACGGCAAGGGCUGCGGUUCAUGCUACCAGAUACGGUGCCUUAAGAACAAUCACCCUGCCUGCUCCGGCGAGGCGAAGACGGUGAUGAUCACCGACAUGAACUACUACCCGGUUGCCAAGUACCACUUCGACCUCAGCGGCACGGCGUUCGGCUCCAUGGCCCUGCCCGGCCUCAACGACAAGCUCCGCCACGCCGGCAUCAUCGACAUGGAGUUCAGGAGAGUGCCGUGCAACUUCCCGGGCCUGACUAUUAACUUCCACGUGGAGCAUGGCUCGAACCCCAUGUACUUGGCGGUGCUCGUCGAGUAUGAGAACAAGGACGGCGACGUGGUGCAGGUGGAUCUCAUGGAGGGCAACUCCGGCUACUGGGAGCCGAUGCGCGAGUCGUGGGGAUCCAUCUGGAGGAUGGACUCCAACCGCCCACUGAAGGGGCCCUUCUCGCUGCGCAUCACCAACGAGUCCGGCAAGACGCUGGUGGCCAACAACGUCAUCCCGGCCGACUGGAAGCCCAACACCGACUACCGCUCCUUCAUCCAGUUCAACUAACUGUUCCGCUCCGUCGACCGGCCACAUGCGCUCUGCAGUCAACCGAGACUGUUGGCUGAAAUUUGCGCUUAAUUUAGUAGCUGCAAAUUGCAAAUGGGUUCUGGACUUCUAGUCAGUGUGUUCUUAGAGAUGUGUGGGAAAUGGAGGAGAGGCAAAAAAAAAAAAAAAACUAUAUGUGCUCUCCUGCCCACCGUCACAAUAUGCCGUUACCGGUCUGCAUGUAAUCAAAUCAAGGUUACAAGUUUGUAUACAGUGUAUGGCUGUGUGCUACUAUUUAUCUAUAGCAUGCUACUAUAUGGUUCCCUU